GAAUGGGAUGUAUACGCAUUGUAGAUUGUAGCCUUGAAUUUAGUUUCAUUCAUAAUUUUGGUUCAUUCGAGGGUAUGACAAACGUAAACCAAAAGCACCCUACCGUACGAUCUUUGUUUUUACUAAUUUAAAUAAUGUUUAAAUGUGAAAAGUGUCCGCGUAUUGUUAUAACGACGAUCAACAACCAGACACCGCGUUUAGUGCAUACAACUUAAUGGUGCUUAUGUCAAACACACUCCAAUUUAUAGAACUAAAUAACAUGGCUGACGAAUUUAAAGUUCGUCUGGAAGAACGACUCAAAAUAAAGAUCGGUGAGGCUAAAAAUUUACCUGCCAGAAUACAUGGUUCGACUACUUUAAGAGACGUUUAUUGUACGUUGUCUCUAGAUCAAGAAGAAAUAUUUAGAACGAGCACAAUACAACAAAGUUUGAGUCCUUUCUUCGGGGAAGAAUUCCAAUUCGAGGUGCCGCGUAAUUUUCGUUUCAUCUCGAUAUACGUUUCGGAUCGAGAUCGACAUUUAAAACAGGACAAAAUUCUCGGUAAAGUAGCCAUAAGAAGGGAACAGCUGUCUUCCUAUAACAAUAAGGAUCAUUGGUUCCCCAUAAAGGCCGUCGACGCGGAUUCCGAAGUACAGGGAAAGGCCAAUAUAGAAAUAAAAUUCGAUACGGAAUCAAGCAAAAGAAGGCUGUUAGUACAGAUAGUGCGUUGUUUAGAUUUAACAUUAAAAAACGGUUCCUGCGAUCCGUACGCGUUAGUGUGUGUAUCGUAUACGAACGGUAAAAGUGUAUCGAAAAAAACGAAGGUUCGCAAAAAAACGACCAGCCCCCAAUUCGACGACGUGUUCGCCUUUUCGAAUUUCGACGGCGGCGGCAAGGAUUCGAUGUGCGACGGCGACGCCGAAAUAUGCGAAUUGCACGUGUCGAUGUGGCACGAUACGCCCGGUAUAAGCGACGACGUCUUUCUAGGCGAAAUCAAGGUGCAACUCAAAGGGAUGCAACAACAGAAUUCGGCGCAUCGGAACGCUUGGUAUUACCUUCAGCCUCGAUCGGCUAAUAAACGACCGUUUUUAACACAUUCGACUCCUCCCGGAACGCGAUUAUCCAGCGACAAUACCUUAGGUUCUUUAAGACUCCAAAUCCAAUAUACGGAAGACAGAGUUUUUCCAGCUUCCGUGUAUGACGGUUUAAAGAAACUUUUAUUAGAAAGUACAAAUAUACAACCAAUAACAGCUACUUCAGUAUACCUUUUGGGCGAGAUUAUCAAUAAAAUGGACAUCGCUCAACCCCUGGUUCGAAUAUUUUUACAUUACGAUAAAAUCGUACCGAUGAUUAAAUCUUUAGCUAACGUCGAGAUUUCCAAAGUAACAGAUCCGACUACAAUUUUUCGGGGUAAUACACUAGUUUCGAAAAUGAUGGACGAUACGAUGCGUCUUAUAGGCCUACAGUACCUGCACAAAACCCUACGACCGACCCUAGAACUUAUCAUCAACGAAAGGAAACCGUGCGAGAUCGAUCAGACGCGCGUUAGGGACGCUACGACGGUCGCGGCUAAUUUAGUCAACUUAAAGUGCUAUAUACAAAAAAUAUUCGAGGCAAUAACGCAAAGCGCCGUCCAUUGUCCCGCAUUGAUGUGCCAGAUAUUUUACAAUUUGAAAGAAUGCGCUAUGAAACAAUUUCCGGAAAACAAAGGGGUACGCUAUUCGGUCAUAUCCGGUUUUAUAUUUCUCAGAUUUUUCGCUCCGGCCAUAUUAGGACCGAAACUAUUCGAUCUCACAACCCAACCUCUGGAUUGUCAAACGAACCGAACUUUAACGUUGAUUUCGAAGACCAUACAAUCGCUGGGUAACUUAGUUAGUUGCAGGUCGACGCAGCAGGUGUGCAAAGAAGAAUACAUGGAGGGGUUAUAUAAAGAGUUUUAUACGGAGACUCACAUGACGGCCGUUAGGCAAUUUUUGGAAAUCAUCUCCGCGAAUACUUCUAGUCAACAAGUCAUCGAAAAUGAUUUACCGGUGAUGCUGAAAGAAGGACUUAUGAUAAAAAGGGCUCAAGGGAGGAAGAGAUUCGGUAGGAAAAAUUUCAAACAGCGUUAUUUCAAACUCACCACACACGAUCUCAGUUAUUCCAAAAGUAGAGGAAAAGAAGCUUUAUGUCGAAUCCCUUUAUCGAAUAUCUUGGCGGUGGAAAGAUUGGCCGAAACGUCGUUCAAAAUGAAAAACAUGUUUCAAAUAGUCCAACCGGAAAGGGCGUUGUACGUCCAAGCCACAAAUUGCGUUGAAGAAAAAGAAUGGGUCGAUCUGUUGACGAAAAUAUGUCAAACGAACGCGAACAGAUUGAAAAAAUACCACCCUUCGGCGUUCAUCAACGGCCAAUGGAUGUGCUGUAAAUCCCCCAACGAAUUGGCGCCAGGUUGUAGCGAAGUAUCCCGAUCAGACAGUAACUUUCGAAUGAAUUUAGAUCCCGAACGAGAUUUGCAACGAGUACAUUCUCUGGUCAUAUCCCAAAUGGAUACAUUGGAAACUUUCAUCGGAAUAUGCGCCAACAAACAACGAGGAGGCGAUACCGAAGCGGCCACGGUAUACGACAUCCUACGGAAAUUGAGAGAAGUUGUUUACCAAAUCGAACAAAAACACAGAUUAUACAAGAGGACCAUCGACAGGAACACCAAAUACGGCAGUCUAGCGGCACCUAUAGGCGACGAUAAUUAUUUAUUAGCGUCGCGUUUAAAUGUCGAUCCCUCUAUAAUAAGGCGGUGCGCUUCCAGUGAACCGACUUCAUGUCCCUGACGUAUCUAAAUGUGUUAAAAACAAAAUUAGCCAAAGAAUUACUUGUUCACCAUAAGAACAAUGACAUUUUGAGUUUUUAACUUUGUUCGUCCACAUUUAUCCGUAUUUUGAAAAAAAAAUCGUCCAAUUAAGAGCUUAUAUAUAUAUAUUUUUUAUAUAGGGUGCUAAAAAUGUCGAACUGUGCCUUCUAUUUCAUUUUUCCUUUACCUUUCGUCAAAUUUAAAUCUCAAAAUGGUAAUUCUUAUUUUAAGAAAAAAAAAAUGAGUAAAGGAAUAUGGAAAGAAUAGUUUUAUGCAAAGAUUCUCAAUUCAAAGACUGUUCUAUAAAGUUAAGAAAAUAUAAAACGAAUAACGUCACUACCAGUGAAUACAUAAAGAUUAAAGGGUUGUGUAUUUUGUUUUAAUUAACGUUUAAAUCGUCUUUUAAAAGUGUUUACAUGCAUAAAAAGUUGAAACAUAUCAACAACAUUUUCAUUUAAUUCUAUUAAAUUAAAAGACGUUUCAAAUGUUUUGUUAUUUACAUUUAUAUUGAUCUUGUUAUUAUAUAGAAAAUCGUGGUGAAAUAUACAACAUCCCGCAGCAAUAAAUUGAUAUACUAACCUUAUAAAAAUUGAUUUAAAUUCAAUAUCAACUUAAUAAUUAUCAUAACCUCACUAUAACCACUUUUGUUUAAUUAUUUAUCCUAUCGUGAUAUUCACAUGUAAACAUUAUAUUUACAAGGAACUGUCAACAUUUUAUUUCUUCUUUUUCCUAAUGUAAUAUUUUUCGAUAAAACAGAACUAAAACGGCAACUUUUUAUUAAGCUCUUCUUUUUUGAUUCGAUUCUUAUUGAUGUGAUAUAAGAAAAGUAAUAACCUUCAGAUGGCUGGAAGGAGUGAUGACUAUGAAUCAGACGCGAUAAUAUUCGCAACUCUAGACAGUUAAAUCAAAUCUUAAGGAAUCUUAACUUUGUCUGGGUGGAUAGUCUAAGGAUUGAGCCCAUCACCACAAAGAAGAAGAAAAGUAAUAACCUUACUUUUACGCAUAUUACAAAUAGCUACAGAAAACGUUUUUUAACCACUUUACAAAGUGUAGAAUUCUAUAAAUUGUUGUUUUAUAUUUCACUGUUUGAUUUUUGAUAUCUCUAAAUACUAGAUUUUAAUGUUAAUUAUAGUUCUGUAAGACAAUCAAUAUUACCCUAAAUACUUCCCUAUACAAAUUAAAUAAUACGUCAACUACCGGGGGUGUACGUAAAGUUUUUAUUUGGAUAUAUUUUAUUAUCCCCCGCGGUUGUGUGUGGAGUACAAAUUAGGGCGAUCGUCGAGUAUCGCGUCAGGGUAAAAAAUAUUUUCUUUUUUUUUAUUAGUAAACAAGCAAUAAUACGUGUUGGAGUUGGGAGGUAUAUUUUUUGACCAGAUUAUAUACGUACGGAUAAAAUUAUAUAAAUAAAAAUAUGGCAAUAUAGUUAAAAGUAUUUUGAAAAAUUACUAUAUUAAUGAUCUAUAUAUAUAUAUAUAUAGUAUCUAUAUUUUUUAGAUAUAAACGGGGUGUUCCAUAAAUAUCGGUAGCUCUUAUAUAGUAGCACAAAUAUUUGUAUAUAUUAUUAUAAAAAUGACGUCCUUUAUAUUUCGUACAUUUUGCACUUUGCUUCAUAUGCAGUUAUUUUUAAACGCCACCCCGUAUCUUCCGAUUGUUAGCAAUUUUUCCUAAUAAGUAGUAAUUAAAAAUGGCUUCCUUUAAUGCGUAGAAAUGGGUACAUAUCAUGAAUCAUUUUUAUUUUUUUUUUGAAAAAUUCAAUUACUUUCAUUUUACUGAAAAUAUAUUUAAAAACAAAAAAAGUAGGGGUGACCGCUCGAGUAGCUUUAUCACAUGUUGUGACCGUUUUCAGUUUGAAUUCUUGUCUGUUGUUUAACGGGAAUGUGUAUCGGUUAAGGUUAAUAACCUUUUAUAAGGUUCAGUUACCCCUAAUUAGCACUAUUAUAAAGUUAGGUUAGGUUAGUAAUCAAGCUUAAAUAAGUUGUUGGGCUGUGAGAGAGAGAAAAAUUGAAGAAAAUUUCAUAUCAUUUUGAAGCUUCUACAAUUAGCUUCAAAAUUUUACUUAAAAAAAAAUACAAUUUCGCCGGAGUCCAGCUACUCGAUAUUUUUUUUCUAAAAUGACCAUUCAUGAUGUGUACUUUCGUACUUUAUAUAAAUUUUUGAAUAUUGUUAUACGUUUUAUAAAGUCCCUAAAUUUAUAUUAAUUAUUUAAUGUAUAUUUCGAGUCCUAAAAUUGUUACUUACUGUAUAGUGUAGAUAUUUUUUCGAAGAGAUGUUUAGAAAAAGGGCAUUUAAUAUACAGCUCUCUGCUUCCUUCGUUCAUGUUAUCGACACUAAAAGUGCCAAUUCAAAUAUUUCAUCUGGUGAUAUCAAAAAUUCCAUUUUUAAAUUUAUCAAUUUUUUUUCCAUUAUCUUCAUCCGAAUAACAAUUUUGAUAUCUUAGAUCUGGUUAUAUUUUUUAAUUAAAAAAAAAAAAAAUUGAUAAUACGUUUCGUAUUCUGUGUCAAAGGAAUUUUUUUACACUCCUCGUAUGUUUAGAAACGUUGGGCGAUUUCAAAAAUAGAAUUGUUGAUGCGAUUGGGUGAUUAAUUUUUUUGAAAAAAAAAAUUCUUGCUUCUACAUACUGUUUUAUAUGUAUGUAUAAUUCUUAUUAUUGUAUAUUUUUAUUUGCACUGAUUUUAUAGAUUUUUUUUUUAAUUUAAUAUAAUUGUUUUGUUCUCUCAAAUUAACUUAUUAACUUUUUUGUAAAUUUUUGUGUAAUAUUAAUGUUGUUUUUUAAAAAACAAAGUUUUAAUAAAUAUUUUCAAAAGCGA